AUGGACCGGCAGCUUGUCUGGGACCGCAAACUGGCUCUUCAUGCUUCUGAUAUGUCUCCCAUGCCUUUGACGGAAAUCUCCGCCAAUGUCGGCCGAAAUGGCAGCCAGUCCCAGAAGGGCAGACAAGCAAAAGGCCAGGGUCAAAUUCCAAGCAAAAUCAAGCCGGAUGUGGUCUCGAGCAUGUUAAGAACGUCAACGGAGACUGGUGACGUAGGACAGUUCUCCGCCCGUCCCUCUAGACUACCACGACCAGCCUCUCGCCUCGCAACACGAAGCAGCUCUGGUUCGCUCAACCCUCCAGCCACUUCUUUCAGACCGAAUGCACGAGGGCCCAUUCCACCGUUUGAUUCACGUCGUCUUCCUCGGCCUGUGCCUUCGUUCUCAGCCUUGUCCCGACAUGAUACCGUUCGAUCGAAUCUCACUUCAUAUCAUACCAAUCCUAGAACAAGAUGUCGUGGCGUGCCUCGGAUGCUACAUAGGUAUGAUAGAAGGCCGAGCCCGGCAGCUACUUCAGGGCUCUACACCCAUUCAUCCUUUGUGACAGUUCGAGGUCGUCCUGGGUACCGGCCAGUCUCGCCUGCCGUCAGCGACGCUCAAUCGAUGCCUGCGUACACUGGGGUUCCUGGCUACCAUCGGGCUGCAAGCGCUGCUACUGUCGGCUCCUCUCCGGCCUCAAUGUUUAGUCGCGAGCAUCCCUAUGCUUAUCGGGAUGUAAACAAUUCCGCCUCAUCUUUGGGCAGAUUUCCGUCACCAGCAAUGCCAGGAGCAUAUCCGGGGGUCGGAAGGUCACCCUUUCCCUCGAGGAAUGCAACUCCUGUCUCAGCGUCUCUACACAACCCAACAAGAAUCCCUAAUGGCAGUGUGGAGUCUUUUCACACAAUUCAGCAUUCUGUCACUGGUUCAACAACUCCUGUAUACUAUGACUACACGGAGGCUUUUGCGGAGAAUUAUUGCCAGGCGCCGGGACAGGAUAUAUCAAUUUCUCCGUUGUUCAGCGCAGACCAUGCAAUACCCGAACAAGAACCAGCACGGCUGACUCGUCAUGCGCAGAUUCCAUUCGAUAUGCCAGAAGGGUCUAUGUUCAACCCAUGUGAGAUGCCCACCCAGUACAACCGUAAGGACAGCGGCCAACCGAAGCAGAGCCAGCAAGAAAGGCAGAGUGAACAAUUGAAGCAGAGUGAACAUUCGAUGCAGAGUGAACACUCGAAACAGGGUGAACACUCGAAGCAGAGCGAGCAACCGAAGGAGAGCGAGCAAUCGAGGCAGAGCGAGCAAUCGAGGCAGAGCGAGCAAUCGAGGCAGAGCGAGUGUGAUGACAAUACAAUUCAUAAAGUUGAAGAGGAGAAGACUGAGGCCAUCUUGAUAGACGAUAAAUACAAGGCUGAAGUCACAGUCGAGCGACUCUCCACUGCCCUGGACCAGCAUCCCGGGGAAGCGAAGCCACGUCGAGCGUCUGCGCUGUCACGCCGCACGUGGCCAGCUUCUCCCUCAACAUCAUUCUUCCCGAACGCAAGCCGCAACUCUCGCGACCUGACCAGUCUAGCCGCACGUGUACAUUCCCCUGUACUUAACAGCACAUCUUCUAACAAUAUUGGCUUAGUCGAUGCAAGUGGGAAGACAGACGAUUCAGAUUCUUCUCUCAGUACGGAUGAAUGCGUGGUCGAUGUCUGGCAGUUACCUUCGCUCGACUUCACUCCACUAUCGUUCCUUCACUAUUCACAGGGAGCAGCCGAGAGGUCCAGAUCAUCUGGUCCAGUCAUGAGGUCAAAUCCGCCAACCAUAAUCUCCCCCACCCCUGAAAGACCUAUGUCUUCUCAAAGCCGACGAAGAUUCAGUAAGAUUCUUGGACUGGAGGAAAAUGACUACUCGCUAGCUCGUAGCCAUCAGGAUGUCUCGGGGUCAUAUAAGAGCCCAAAUGCUGGCAGGCUGAAGAGGGUACUAGAGAGUUCUGAAAGGAGCUAUUCUGCGAGGUAUUCUAUACCUGCAUUUUCUCCUCGAAACUCAAUGAUUGCAGAGUCCACCAGAGACAAGGAGUCAAGCCUCGGAAGCACACGCCACGAACAAGGAUCUCCAUGCGAGAAGUCCACAGUUGAGUCUCUCUUGGAUCAACACAUAGAAUGUCUUGGUCUGCGACCAGGACCCAUAUCAGAGCCUCUUGAACAUAAAGAUGAUGGUACUCAGGUCUCGAUGGUUAGCACAAGUAGGGACGAAAGCACGAUCAAGAUCAUCAUCGACCGAUUGCCCAGACCUCUGCAGCGGGCACAAACUAUCAGCUCGCCAAAUGUCUCGAUUACUGGGGGCUCAGGACAACGAAAGCUUGUUUCGAGAAGUCUGUUCACGCAUGACUGCCUUGGAGAACCGAGACUUGCUGCUGCCCAGUCUAGUCCGCGUGUGCCAAAACUCACUCUCCAUGGUUCGUCUUGCAGAUCAUCCCUGGGCUGGAAAACCCUUGCCUCGAGCUCGAAUAUAUCUUCGGAUGAUCCCAUCAUUAAUCAGCGGAUGACUACCCAGCCUGAGCCUGAUGGAGAAAGGAAGUCGUCAACAGAGGGGACCCAGCAAUCUCCAAGGGCCUUGCUGGACGCUUCUGGAUCGAGUCUUUGGUCAGGUGAUAGUGAAGGUCCAUAUAGCUGGGAUGACCGGUUUCCCCCCCCGGAACGAACACGUCGGCGAGCUCCAGAAAGUCAAAUAUCCCAUCGACGUAAAACACGGACAAGGCUCAAGCUAAAAAGAAACUCUCAAAGUCAGGGCAGAAUUUAUGCAAGCGAGAGUUCCUCGGGCCACGGGAGUUUUCAUACUGCAGGAGUACCUUCUCAAGAUAGAAUCAGUAUCCAUGAGCCAUUAGAUGAGCAGAACAUAAACACAGUCGAGAGUCAUGACACCAUUGGCGCUGACCAUUAUUCGGAGUAUAUACCGCGGAACACUUUGGCGCAGCAGGCCAUGAAGUGUGAUCUGCCAGCAAUAUCUCCAGAUAUACCAAAUCGUCGGUCGAGCGUUGUUGCAGUUGCCGCUCAGAGGAUCAAGCGAAGCGUUGAUAUGGCACGAAAACUGUCGGUCAAGACCAUUCGAUCUCACCGCAGUAAUGCCAGUAUAGUUGAGCCACCCAACAGUACUCGCUUGAGCGCUGUGGCACCUCACCUCAAGGCUCCAGACUUGGGUCCUCCGCUGACACCAAUGAGCAUGAGUUUGAAUAUGAAUUUUGCAUUUCCACCAGCUGCCGUAACGGCGCCAGCAGGUCUUCGAGCGACACAAAGUUUCUUCUCUGACGAUAGCUCUGCGGUCCAGAAUCAUCGCGGCAGUCUUCGAAAACGCUUCAACCUGCCGAGCCUGCGGAGUGUUCUACCGUCGUCUCCUAGAGCUCACUCGAUGAUCAAUGUGCCAGGAAGACAAGACCAAGCCGCUCUCUCUCGGCCUCCCCAAUCAUGCCAUCUGCAAGGUCUGAAGAAGCAGGAUGAAGAGUAUGAAUUUGAUGGUACGGCUGGCAUGUCAGAUUUUGCAUACUGCAGGAGAAAAAUGCUCGACCGAGUCAAAGGUUGGUGGAGAAGGCGAUGCGUGCAGGGGAAGCUUGGUCUGAAGCGCAGGAAGGGUGAGCAAAGUCAUAUGCCGAGCCACUGA